UAUAAUUUGAAUUCUGCCUCUGACGUUCACUACUGAUUUGAAAGAGGAAUAUGGGAUGCUCCGGAAAUCGCACCUUUAUUGCGUUCAGAGUGUCUUGCAUUCUAAUGAUAGCAAUUGCUUUGACGCUUCAAGGAAUAUCAUUGAGGAAAGAUGCAAAAUGGGAUCAGUAUGUAACAGGAGCUAUCGAAGUCGACAAUCAAAUGUACCAUCCCGCCGUGUACCAAAUAAAUGCUUAUCAAUCUCCCUGGAGGCUCACAGUCAUCAAUGAUUACGACACACUAUAUCACAACAGGUACAAUGUUUAUAUGGAGGAAUACACAAACAAUACAGACUGGAGAGAAGAGGUUUUACGAUAUGAGUUGGCGGGUAUUGGAUUUGCUUCGAUAUCAGCCUGUGUACUUGUCAUACCGUCCCUGGUACCUUACUUUCUCACGAUUAAGAAGCUUCAGAUUGGGUGUCUGCUUGGGAGCACGUGUUUGUGUGUUAUCUCCGCUGCUUUGAUUUUCAAAGGAGUGGUACAGUACAGCCAGAAUUAUCAGGCUAUUCUUAAUCCGAAAGUUAAAACAUUUGAAUGGUUUUAUCACAUGACCGAUAACACCCUUGCAAUGGAUUUCUACUUCGCUUUCGGAGCCGCGAUAUUCCAGUUUUUCAGUGGGGUGGCGUUGAUCUUACAUUUGAUCAUGUUUGUUAGAUCCGAUGCCAGAAAAACAGAAGGAAAGGUUGAGAGUAUUUGUAUGUAGUUCAUACGACAAUAUGAACAUUACAAAUAGACCUAUAGAAUGAGUCCAAUUGCAAUUUUUUCUCUUUCAUAUGCUAAACCUUUUCAGAAAAAAGUUAAUUUGUUAUACAGAAAAAAAUAUUUGUCUCUUUGAUCAAAGUGUAAUUGAAUUCUUCUUAUACAAAUUUUUACUAAUAAAUACCUUCUUGAUGAAA